CAACGAUCUUCAGUCUCCCCUAGUCAGUAAUUCCAUAAAAUAAACGACAGUCUUUAACAAGGGUUUUUCAAUAAUCUAUGGCGAUGGACAUCUUCAACCGCCCACCUUCAAUCCCAGAGGACACAAUUCAGUACACUCUUUAUCCCUCUCCAGCACUAGGAGAAAAAUCAUCCGCAACGACACUCGCAGUAUGCGUAGAAGCAUAUGUCUCCGAGCUUUUGCCAAAUUUUAUCUGGCACAGAGACCCUUUCGAGGUAAAAGUCGCGAAAGACAUCGAUUCCGCUGCAGCUUCGGAUAACAAGUGGAUGCUUGAAGGGCGUAUGCGCGUCGGGGACUCCGUCGAUGACGAGUGGUACGUUGUCUGGAUCCUACGGGAGGUUAGCAAGAAAUGGGAUUUUGCUAUUAGCGUAAUGGAUUCUGACGGAGAGUUUCUCCUCAUCGAGGCAGCCGAAGCCCUGCCUUCAUGGGUCAAACCGUCCAACUCCGAGAAUAGGGUCUGGAUAUACAGUGGAAUUUUGCACCUGGUACCUCUCCAACACGUAUCUGCUCCAAGUAAACCACGACGAAGACGCAGAUUCCCUGGGUCUAAAGACAGUGAUGACGAAGGUGACAUUGUUGGUGAUGACCUUGAAGAAUAUUUGGCCAUCGAUGACGCACUGAAGCUGGUCCGCGAUUCAACUGUCGAAACGCGUGCACCUCGUACAGUUGAGAAUACGGUAUGGCAGCGUAUUUCUGGUUAUCCUGCAGCAGCCAAAAGCCAUGUGCAUACCACCAAAGCGUACCUUCCGCUUGACAUUGCUCGCACUUUAUCCGUAGACCCUUCGUUGGUACAAAAGCCCGUCGAGACAUUCUACACGCGUGAUGCCGUCCAACUACGAGCUGCCCAUCGCAUGACGCGGUUCCCUCCUCACACUGUCGUGCUUACCACAGUCAAGUUGACAAGACCAGCGUAUGCUCAACUUGUUGGACAAAAAUUCUUCCCUCCAAAGAUAUUUGGCCAUUUCAAGGAGCGGGAGGGGAGCGACGUCUGGCGUUGGAGAGACAUAGGUAUGAAGCUGGCUUGCGGUUUCGAAAUGAUCUACCAAGAGUCGAAGAGUCGUACUGGCAUCGCAAGUAAGACUAGUGAGGUGCUCAAAUCAUCGGCAGAAGCACGUAAAGAAGCACUUCGCCGAUCAUCCGACUAUAAGGCCUACAUCACAAAUUUGCUCUCAACCGGCUACUUCCGGGGUGAAGUCGAAGACUCGCAGCUUUGGAAUGAACUGGAAAAUAAAGCCGCUGAUGCGUUCAUUCAGGUUCGGCAGGAGGACGACGCUACACGUCCUUCAUUCGCAGCGCUGUUCAAUUCAGCAUUGUCUAUCGCCCCGCAAUAUCUCACUGAGAUGCCUGAUGAGGCUGAAGACUCGGAUGACUGGAUGAACGUCGACGCAGCCAACUUUGAUGAUAUGCUGGAGCGGACACGUUCUCAAUCGCAGUCUCAAGAGAUGGAUGUUGAUUCCACAUCUGAUGGGGCAGAGGAAAGGAUAGCUAAGGAACAAGCAAACAAACUGCAGGACCUUGCAGCCAAGGUGCAGAAGUUUGUUGAAGGAGAGGGUGAUGUAGAGGGUGCUAGGUUUGAAGAUGAGGCUUUCUCAGACGACGAUGACGGCGGAGAUGAUGCAGACGAAGAAGAUGAAGAGAAUUUCAGUGAUGAGAUAUUUUCAGACUCGGACGAUGAAGAUGAGCUAGUUGCCGACGAAGCUGUACGCCAAGAAGCAAUGGCGAAGCUUGUGCCUGCCCUUUCAGAGGCCGAGUAUGGACAAAUGCCCGCUUCAUUCAACACUCAACGUGUCUCCAAAGUUACUAUCGAGACUGAAACAGCCGAGGAUAACGAUCCAGCUAUCACACAAUUUUCGGCUACUGAACCCGCUUUGGAAAUCACGUCGCCAGCUCGCACUCGGUUUAUACGGCCACCCAUUCUGCCGCGUGACAAGUACGAGGGUGUAGAUUCUGAUGAUGAAUCAUCUAGCUCUGAUCCACUUGCUGGUGGAGAUGAAGAAGAUGUAGAGUCAGAGGAGGACCGCCCGCAGGUUGUCGGCGAUGUCGAAGUUGACAUGGACGAGGAAGAAGCAGAGUUCCUAGAGUUUUCAAGGCAAGCUUUGGGUAUAUCUGACCAACAGUGGAGAGACAUCAUCAAAGAUAGGAAAGGACGAGGAGCCUUUGUUCCCACUAGCAUCAUGGUGGAGAACACAACAUCUACCUCAACAAGAUCAUCGACCAAUAAAUCUGAAUCUUCCGCGCCACCAGCACAGGGACGGCAACCUGUCCCUGGCCCGAGGCCGAAUGUGAAUCCGAAUCUGGAUUCCUUUGAGGCUGUCAUGCAAGCUAUGGAUGCCGAACUGAACCAGUCUCGCCAGACAACCCUGAAAAAGAAGAAAGGGAAGGGGAGGGUUCCGACCCUCCCUACAGACGACCCUGAAAUCUCCGGCAAAGGCAUUUCCAAAUCGAAGUCCAUGGAUGAAGACGGUGAGGAGGAUCUAGACGUCGAAGCUCAAAUGGAGGCUGAGCUCAAAGCCAUGCUCGAAUACGGAGGCGGAGAUAUGGAGGAACCUGACUCUGGCGAAGAAGAGGUACCGAUGGACUACAACCUUAUCAAGAAUUUCUUGGAAAGCUUCAAGAGUCAAGCGGGUCUUUCUGGACCUGUGGGAAAUCUUGCAGGUCGCUUGCAGCCAGGGUGGACAUUUCCAAGAGAUGAUUCAUGAUUUAUUGUGCCACCCACACGCGGGCUGUUGGGAACUGAGACAGCGAAAUCUAUGGAAAUGUCAAUGAUGUCUUAUAGCUAUAGCGGCGACAGAGCAAAAUGAGCGCCUGUCUAUUCUUUGUACUUUGUGAGAAAAAUCAAGUACUGGGUCAC